AGCUGUUUUGCUGUCACUGCUGCACAUGAAAACAAACGCAGGCAGAGAGGUGGCACAGACAAUUCACCUCAAAACGAAAAAAGUAUUGCAUUUUAUUUAAAUUAUUAAAAUAAAACGGAUAUAAAAUGAUUAAAUCAUUAAUUUUAGAUUUAGGUCGACUUAGGCUUACUCCACUGGCUGUUACACAAGUGCGCGAAAAGGGUCAAUUGAGUAGACCGCAUCUAAGGAAUCCAACAUGGUUUCUACGCAAAGAGCGCAAGAUGCGCGAUAACCAUGUCACGUCGGAAAACAAAUCAUUUGUUCAGGAAAUCGUACAAGAUAAAUAUGGUCCUCCAGCUCUCAUAAAAGGUGUAGCCACAUAUGAUCAAAGCAAACGCGAAGAAUUGGUUAAAACGGAGAAAAUUGAAAGUGAACCCUGGACAACGGCUUCUCGGCGCACCGGUGUAAUUGCCCGUAAAAUUGGUCAAUAUCCUUUGUGGUUGAAGAAUGGUGAAAGAAUACGCACCACCCUAUUGCAAAUUGUUGAUAAUCAUGUCGUUAAGUAUAUACCACCGGAAUUGUAUAAGCCAGCCCAAGUGCCAAGUGUGGCCAAAUUGAAUAGCUAUGGCUGUUUGCUGGUGGGUGCCGAAAGCUGUGAUCCCUCCACACUAACCAAAGAAUAUUGUGGCCUCUUCAAGGAUUCCGGUCUAUUGCCCAAGAAACAUUUAGUACGUUUCUUGGUUAGCCCAAAUGCUGCCAUACCUGUGGGAACACCCUUGAAUGUCACACAUUUUAGGGUGGGAGAUUAUGUAGAUGUUAGAGGGAAGACUGUCGAUCAUGGUUUCCAAGGCGUGGUUAAACGUCACGGCUUCAAGGGUAUGCCUGCUUCUCAUGGUGUGACCAAAACCCAUCGUCGUCCCGGUAACAUUGGUGGUGGUGGUGAAAAGGGCCGUGUUUGGCCGGGUACCAAACUUCCCGGUCACAUGGGCAACAGAUGGCGCAUUUCCAAGGGUCUGCGUAUCUGGCGCAUAAAUACCAAAUACAAUGUCAUGUGGGUUAGCGGUAGUGCCAUUCCCGGCUCCACCAAUGGCCUUGUCUAUAUUUACGAUACAAUUUUGCCACUGCGUAAACACAAAACAGCACCACCAUUCCCCACCAUGUUCGAUCAAACACUGGAAGGCCCCGAUGACAUAUGGUUUGAUGCCGUACACAAUUUCAAAGAUGAAACCAUAACAUUUCAGCCAGAGGAAUAGUUAAAUGCCAGGCUUUGCUUUGCUCUACGUUAGUUUAUUAUAAUCACACUUUUUUGUUAAACAGAAAUAAAACAUAAAACUUAUUAUUUAAGAAAUUUAA